UGUUUUGUUUUUAUUCCGGUUGGUUGACGGAUUGUUUAGAUUUUGGCCAGGGUUUUAAUCCGUUUGUGUGGUCCAGAUCCUCACCAGUUCUAACCGAUGAAGUUUAAAUUUGUGCACCGCAAGUUCGUCUGUUUAAUUUUUAUUCUUUACCUUGGUUUCGGUCGAGCAAACGAUAUUCCCAAAAUCGAUGAAGAUACGAAUUCGUCUCUUCCGGCGGCGUCGACGACGCCGGAUGACGAUCUCUACAGCUACCGCUACGACGUACUCGAGCUGAUCGUCCCAAAGCACAUCAAAAUGAACGACAUCAACGACUAUCACGAGAUUGUCCUUCCGGCGUACUCCAACACGGCCAUCCAACUGCGCCAGAUGGACCACCACGGCCGGGACGUGGGCUUUGCGCUGAUCCAGAUCAACGCGUACGAGUACAACAUAACGCUCAGUUACAACGCCACGAUCAUCGACGGAAGUCACCUAACCGGGCGGAACGUCGGACUGGUUCUGUACGGGGACGGCACCUUGUACGCGAUCAACACGAACGUCCACGAGGACGUGAUGGUUUCGCUGGUGCUGAUGCUGUACAAUAAGACGGCUCCCCUCCCGGGCGGAUGCAAUCUGGAGUUCCCCGUUGAAAUCUCACCCGUAAUGAAUCUAACCCUGAAAGAUUCCACCAUCGAGGUGGACACUCCACCGGCCUCCCUCGCCAAGCAAAUCCCCCCGCCGGAGAACCAGUGCGGCAAGUCCAACCUGCGCUACGAGUCGUACUACCUGUCGAUGCCCUCGUACGACUUUUCCCAGCGCACCUACUUCACCUACAUCCGGAAGUUGAUCAGCUACGCCAACGCGAAGGCUUCCGGCCAGAUAAACAACCUCACCUCCCCCCUCCUCACCGGCAUCAAGCGGGUCUACGACCGGCAGGUCGGUCGCGGAAUGGUCUUCGUCACGGUCGCCUUCGACCCCGUUAACCACGGCUUUUCCGCGUACGUCCCGGUCCACACGUACGCCUGCCAGCCCUUCCUGAACAUCGUUGGCUGCUACGAGUUCAACAUUCCAACCCGGGUGCUCGGAUUCAUCAUCACGGUGGUGAUGGCGGCCGAAAUCGUGAUCGGAUUCUGUCCGUCCGUCGUGAAGGCGUUCAUCUGUGGUGGCAUCGUGGGGGCGUUUGGGACGAUCAAGGCGGCCACCAGCUGGAACCUGGUCGUCACGGAGAAGGAGUUUAUUGCGAUGCUGGUGGCGGGGGCGAUCGUGUGUGCGAUUCUGUUUACCGUGCUGGCGGUGAUCUGCCCCAUUGCGAUGAUUAUCGUGUGCAACGUGGUGAUCGGGUUUCUGCUGUGCAGCGUGUUUUACUUUGGAUUUUUCGGCAACAUGUUCACCCACCCCUACCUGGUCACGGCGCUGCUCAUCAGCUCCACCCUCGUGGGCUUCCUGCUCAGCUCGAUCAAGAUGUUCCUGUUCGCGAACGGGUUCCUGUUUGGUGCCGCCGGCCUCUUCUACGGCGUCAACGCGGUCUUUAGCGCGCGCCUCCACUACUCCCUCCGGAACCUAGCCCACGGAAUGAUGAACGGUGGCUCCGGCUACGGUGCCGUGCUUUCCGACUCGACGCUGGACGUGAACGAGCUGAUGGCAGGGGCCAGUUUUGGCAUUAUUCUGACGAUUUGCGUGUAUUUGCGAGUGCGCUGUCAGCUGGCCGAGAACCAGCGCGUUCCGCCGGGACUGAUUCGGCUGCCGUGUGGCGGUGAUCGGCGUGGUUCGCGCACUAGCGAAGCCUUCCUGGCGGACGACAGCUUUGCGUACGAGAACGUUUCCGGCGGGCAGACGACGAUUACGCGCUGGACCGAGGGCGACGACGACGUGUUUGAGUCGCCCGAGUCGAACUCGAGAUUUUGGGCGAGACUUCGCAGCAGCCUCAGGCGGCAGUAGAGAAGAGAUCUGAACAAGAAUCCCAAAACAAACAAAUUGGACUGAAUUUAGACAUUUUUUGUAAGCUUCCAGCAUUCUCCUGUAGAAGAUAGUAUACUAUAUAUUCGAAUAAAAUAUACGCAUUAGCUUA